AGAGCUUGGGUAACCUUAGAUUUUACUCUAUCUUACCCUAGCUUUUCUGCCUUAAUUUCAGAGGAGGAGAAGAAGAAAAACCUGAGGACAUGGCAAACCAUCCUUUGAUCUUCGCCUUUGGCAUUUUGGGUAACAUAAUCUCCUUCAUGGUGUUUAUAUCGCCAGUACCUACAUUUUAUGAGAUCGUUAAAAAGAAAUCAGCCGAAGGGUUUCAAUCGGUGCCGUAUGUUGUUGCAUUAUUUAGUUCAAUGCUUUGGGUUUACUAUGCAAUGGUUAAGACAAAUGAAACCCUUAUCAUCACCAUCAACUCCUUUGGCUGCAUUGUGGAGACUAUUUAUGUUGCUAUUUAUUUUGCUUAUGCGACAAAAAAAACAAGGAUGCAAACAUUGAGACUUGUUCUAUUGUUGAAUUUCGGUGGCUUUGGGUUGAUUUUUUUCCUUACUCAAAUUUUAUGCAAAGGAGCAAAACGAGCUGAAGUUAUUGGAUGGAUUUGCAUGGCGUUUUCUAUUAGUGUGUUUGUAGCACCUCUAAGCAUUAUGGGGCAGGUAAUACGGACCAAAAGUGUGGAGUUCAUGCCAUUUAACUUGUCAUUAACCCUUACACUUAGUGCUGUAAUGUGGUUUUUGUACGGUUUACUUUUGAGAGACAUCUAUGUCACGGUACCAAACAUUGCGGGAAUGAUACUAGGGGUGCUGCAAAUGGUAUUGUAUGGAAUAUACAGAAACGCCAAGCCAAAUGAGGCACAAGAGAAGAAACUACCCACUGUUGUGAAGCUGGAGGAGUUGCCUACAAAAGUUAAUUCUGAGGUUUAUCCAGUUAGUUUACCAUCCAUGGGCAGUGAAAAUGGAGAGGCUAAAGACGAUGGUAAAAAUCUUGAAGAUGCCCCAAUCAAAUCUCCCGUGUAAAAGACUUUAAAAGCAAGACAAUAAAUAUUGGAAGCUGCUACUAAGCUAAUUGGAAGCCCUUUAUGCAAGGUUUUCUUAAUUCCAUUAAAAAGUGGGCCUCAACUCUAUUGUAUCUAUAAGUCAAUCUCGUGUAAACUCUUUAUUUCUAACUUUUGCACCCUAGUGAUUGUAAGUAUUUUGGGAUUUAGAGAUCCCUCUGGGAGUUGCAUUUUCAGAAGUAUCUCUGAA